AUGUCCCCAGUGUUUUCAACACUGAUGGUUUUACUGUCAAAGAGUGAGCUAGAUAUGGAAAACCUUUGGACUACUGUGGGUGCAGUAAACGAUCCGACGGGAAAUAAACACGAAGUUGAUCUUGCAUUCGCAAUACUUGAUGGUAAUUUUAGAAGUGCUCUUAUUGAUUACUGGGCCAAUCAGUCCUUCAGAAGUAUGUAUGUUCAAGGAACAAACAAGUUUGGAGACAUUCUCUGGGAAACUGAGUUUGAUGUAACGGGAAAGUCAUGGCAGUUUUCCUCUUGCGAUCAGAACUAUAGGUUCCGUAUUGGUCCAUCGGGUAGUACAGAUACAUCGUGGUUCGCUGUGUCCAAUGCUGGCUUGUCAUUCGGCCCACUACCUCAGAUGUUUGUUCCACGUUCACCAGACGUUCCUUUCGGUCUACCAGUCUUUAUUGAUGGAAAUCUCGGAUGUUGGAACAAAGACACACUUAUCAAUGUACAUCUGAUGUUUUCUAAUGACACCAUAACCCCAACUGACUGUAUUGCUGCGUGUGUUGGCAAUGCAAGUAUUGCAAUUAUAACUGUGAAGUUAAACUGUUUUUGCUCUGACGUGGAUCCGGCUAAUCCGCCAAAUAAUGACAACAGUAAAUGUAACCUUUUAUGCACAUCAACACAACAGAACUGUGGUGGUUUUACUGACAAUUAUGGUAGUGCUUACCAUGUACAAGGCUGGUAUUUGCCAGGAUACAUCAAUACAACCUCUCUAUUUUACAAAUCAUACACUACUGGUUUAACCACAAUGGAGAUCGAUGUUUCUGAAAUAUCUGUUGCCAGUCAGGUUUCGCCCGCUUUUAUAUCCAAUAUUUCGGUGACAGCUUUCCCACUAGAUCAAUAUUCAGUUCAGUAUUCAACAAGUAACUGCUCGGACCAAGGUGGAAAUAUGAAAGAUUUAUCAUUUGAUGCUGUAACGACAAAGAUGUUUAAAGGUGAUGGCAGAAUUGAAAGUGUUGAUAUACUGACACUUCGAUGUUUAGUAAUACAACUUGCCACUGUAGUUCCAUCAGUCGUUCGUGUACAGCUUUGGGGUCCCGAAGUGUCGUCUCAACAUAUUGAAGCUUCCGCACUGGUCAUUAAAGGAAAAUCUGUAAUAGGACCAACGUCUAGUACUCCUACAUCUUCAACAACAACAACAACAACAACAACACCAACAACAACAACCAGCACAAGCACAUCUGCGGCAAACACAAUGUCGUCAACCACGGAAUCGACAACUGCGACAAGCCUCAUCAGCACCGAAAACAAUUCUCCGUUGUUGUGUUAUUGUCAUUGUACUGCCUCUGGAAUAACACUGACAGAGGAACAGUUAAAGGACAGGAUAGACGAAAUAAGACGCAAUCUAACAGUAAAUGUUUCAAAUCUUUCUUCAAGAAUUCGGAAGCUGACAAGUGCCGAGGACAAACGUGUAUCUGCUGUAAGCAUUGGAUAUGUCGGUGUUGGGAUAUUGGUAGUGAUCUUUUCUGCAAUAGUCUUUAUAGACUCAUCACUACUUCAUAAAGAUAUGAGAAAACUGUUAGACAACAUUAAGAAUGCAGCUUGUUGUAAAAAGAAAGAUACAUUGAUAAAAUGAUGCA